AUGCCACCAAUAAUAGGUACGGUAUACUUUAUACUACUUCACCACUUCCUCGUUAUGAUGAUAACAGCUUAUCCAUUCCAUGAAUGCUCAUCGACCGAAUCCUACUCCCGCACCGGACUGAGCCUCAAAGCUUGGGAUGAUAGGUUGUGGAGCUAG